CAUGCCGCCGGAGCGCCGUGAAUUUAGGAGCAGCAGCUGCCGCCGCCGGCGGCGGGAUGUGAGGGUGAAGUGACAGCGGGAGCUGCCGCCGGCUGAGGGAGGAACAGCGCUGGGCACCCGCCGAGCCCGGGGGCUCUGGGCCGCCACCAGCAGCCGCUGCGGGAGAGAAGGAGGGAGGGAGGAAGAUGCGCUGAGCCGGUCGCUGAAAGGUACUGCUAUGUGGAUAUUUGUUAGCAAUGACUGAUGUGGAAUCUACAUAUGCAGACUUUAUUGCUUCAGGAAGAACAGGUAGAAGAAAUGCAUUACAUGACAUCCUUGUGUCCUCUCCAGGUGGGAACUCUAGUGAACUAGCCUUAAAGUUAUCAGAGCUUGAUAUAAACAAAACAGAAGGAGAAGGAGAUGCACAGCGAAAUCCAAGUGAGCAAACUGGGGAGGCCCAAGGGGAGGCAGCAAAGCAAGAGAGCUGACAUCCGACUUUGACCGAGUGGAGCAGCUGCUGGAUGUUUUCAGGCUACAAGAGUGUGCUGGAACAAAUUUGUUUCCAUGAGCAAGCUGGUAGAAAAGAAAGUGCAUGUGUCUUCACUGCUGGAACCCACUCAACACAAUGCUAAAAAUCUGGGUACAAGCUGUGACAGAAGACAGAAUUUUCUCUACCUCUGUCAUCAGCAAUGGUUGAACAUGUAUUGAUUUUUUGGGAUAGUGUCAUCAGAUGGAUCCCUUCAUAAUGACUACUCGAUGGGAACACUUUUAGAAAGUAGAACAGGUAAAUCUUGUAGCAAAUGGCCUUUGAAGCAUCAGAGGAUCUAAUUGUGUAUCUUAAGCAAAGGCUUGUGUGAUCCUCAGAGUUUAAAAUUCUCUGGCCAAAGUGUUUGCCCAUUAUAAGAACUGUAAAGAAAGCACUGUUUUUAGAACUUUGCAUCUGUUUUACAGCUCUGUUAUUUACAAUGGUUUUUGUAUUGUACGACUUAGAUGCUCCACACUGCCCCUUCUCAACUGCUUAUGAAGAAUAUUUCUGUUACUGUGAAUUUUUCUACCACACGUUUUGAAAGGGCUGGUUUUUUGCAUAAGGUGGUGAUGUGCACAUGAUAGAUCUAAACAUCAACUGCUAAAUUGAUUAUGCCUAAACCUGAAUGACUCAGCAACACUCGAAUUUGUUACUAGAUGAGCCUUCAAAACGAUUUGUUAAUGUGAAUACUUGAGCGUGUGUUGUGUCCUUGGUACAGUUUUGCCACUCGCCUGUAGUUAGUUGCAUAUCAGAGACUCAAAUUGAAUCUUUUAUGUUAUUCUUCCCCAUUUUUCUAAUUUUGGUCCCAAUUUCUUAAUCUUUCUCUGAGAUAUUUUUUUAAAAUGUUAUUCCAAGUAUUUUAUUGUUAUGGUAGUUUUAAGAAUACAUUUAUUACCUUAUAUGGGUUGAAAUUCAAACUAAUUCCAUGGUGCUAGAAGUUUUCCUGAUUCACAUUGUAAAAGAUAGGCCUUGUUUACACAUGGGAAAAUAACUGGCAUAGGUUAUUGCCAAGUAUGUAUUCUGAAAGGAGUUUUAGAAUGCAGAAUAGUCCAAUGAGUGGCUCCCGGGCUGGAUCCAGCAAGGGGUUGAAUUUUUACUAUUCCUUGCCUUUGCCUCAGUUGAUCAGGCUGUUGGGUUUGCACAGCCAGUAGCCUGCUACUGAUGCACCUGAACAGCCAAGUGCUAGAAUCUGCUACAGUAGCCUUGUGGCUUGGAGUUGGAAAGGGAGGUGAGAGACUUGGCAUCUAGCACCCAAAGACUAGAUUUUUUCCCAUUUCAUCUAUUCCAAAUGGCAGUCCAAACUGGGCCUACAUCAAAAUACCAGGAUAGCUUGUCCAUCCAGGACAUCACUUAAAACAUCUACAGAUUAAUAACCUGUUCUGCAGUAGCUAUUGCUGAUUGAUUUGUUUUUCCCCCUUGUCCUGCCCCAAUAGACAAGGCCAUUCAUGAGGCUGAAUGCUGCAAAAUGGGGCAGCCACACCUCUGUGUGACUAAGGUGAGUGAAGAGAGUGACUGAUAGUAAACCAUGGCAAUCACACAAGCACCAAUCACAAGGUCAGAAGAUUUGUUUUCUUUUAUUAAUAGGAGGUGAUGUCACUUUAUAUAUAGUAUAUAUAUUAUAUAUAUUUUUGUGUUGUUGGUUUCAAAUGUUAUGCACUUUUUAAUGUUUGUAAACUUUUACUAAUGAAUAGUGUGAUUGCUUCCUGAAUAUAUUAAUCAUCAGUUAACAAAACAUCUUUGUGGCCACAGAUGUUUGUUUCUACCAUAUGUAUCAUAGUACUUGUCACCUAAAAAUUUUUUGUGAGAUAUGUGGAGGAACAAAACCCACUUCUGAUCAGUAUUAUGAGAUCAUUUAUUAGUGUUAAUAAAAACAAGCCAGCCGUA